AAACCAUAGACACCGAUCGAAAAAGUCACUUCCUGUUCUACCGCAACGAGUCGUGAGCGGAGAACUUCGACUACCACGGGCCUCUAUCUAUUCGUCUGCCAUAGUUAUAAGAAUUCGUAAAACAUGUCGCUCAUCUCAGCCCGUAUUGCCGGCUCAGUAGCCAGGCGUUUGCCCAAUGCAGCUUCGCAGGUAUCGAAGGUCGCGGGUGUCGCGGCACCCGCUGUGGCGGUUGCCUCGCGCAACUUCCAUGUGUCUCCCACCCAGAAGGCCGCCGAAAUCUCCACUAUUUUGGAGGAAAGGAUCCUGGGUGCCGCUCCCAAGGCUGACUUGGAGGAGACUGGCCGUGUAUUGAGCAUUGGUGACGGUAUUGCCCGUGUCUAUGGCUUGAAGAACAUCCAGGCCGAGGAGAUGGUGGAAUUCUCCUCUGGUCUUAAGGGUAUGGCCCUCAACUUGGAGCCCGACAACGUGGGUGUGGUAGUAUUCGGUAACGACAAGCUGAUCAAGGAAGGAGACAUUGUCAAGCGUACCGGAGCCAUCGUAGACGUGCCCGUCGGUGAACAGCUGUUGGGUCGCGUAGUCGACGCUCUGGGUAACGCCAUCGACGGCAAGGGCCCCAUUGACACCAAGAGCCGUAUGCGUGUCGGUAUCAAGGCUCCCGGUAUCAUCCCCCGUGUGUCUGUGCGCGAGCCUAUGCAGACUGGUAUCAAGGCCGUCGACUCUCUGGUACCCAUCGGUCGUGGACAGCGUGAGCUGAUCAUUGGUGACCGUCAGACCGGCAAGACUGCCCUGGCCAUCGACACCAUCAUCAACCAGCAGCGUUUCAACAAGGGACAGGAUGAGAAGAAGAAGCUGUACUGCAUCUACGUCGCCAUCGGACAGAAGAGGUCCACCGUCGCUCAGAUCGUGAAGAGGUUGACUGACGCUGGUGCCAUCAACUACACCAUCAUUGUGUCCGCCACCGCCUCCGACGCCGCUCCCCUGCAGUACUUGGCUCCCUACUCUGGCUGCGCCAUGGGAGAGUUCUUCCGUGACAACGGCAAGCACGCCCUCAUCAUCUACGACGAUUUGUCCAAGCAGGCCGUUGCCUACCGUCAGAUGUCCCUGCUGCUGCGUCGUCCCCCAGGUCGUGAGGCCUACCCCGGUGAUGUGUUCUACCUCCACUCUCGUCUUCUCGAGCGUGCCGCCAAGAUGUCCGACAAGAUGGGUGGUGGUUCCCUGACCGCCCUGCCCGUCAUCGAGACCCAGGCUGGUGACGUAUCUGCCUACAUUCCCACCAACGUGAUUUCCAUUACUGACGGUCAGAUCUUCUUGGAGACUGAGCUCUUCUACAAGGGUAUCCGUCCCGCCAUCAACGUCGGUCUGUCUGUAUCCCGUGUAGGAUCUGCUGCCCAGACCAAGGCCAUGAAGCAGGUGGCUGGUUCCAUGAAGCUGGAGUUGGCCCAGUACCGUGAGGUCGCUGCCUUCGCUCAGUUCGGUUCCGACUUGGACGCCGCCACCCAGCAACUGCUGAACCGUGGUAUGCGUCUGACUGAGCUGCUGAAGCAGGGACAGUAUGUGCCCAUGGCCAUUGAGGAACAGGUCGCCAUCAUCUACUGUGGUGUCCGUGGUCACCUCGACAAACUUGACCCCAGCAAGAUCACUGGCUUCGAGAAGGAGUUCACCCAGCACAUCAAGACCAGCCACCAGGGUCUGCUGGCUACCAUCGCCAAGGACGGUCAGAUCACCCCCGAGUCUGACGCCGCCCUCAAGAAGAUCGUUACAGACUUCCUCGCUACCUUCACCCAGGCGGCGCAAUAAACGUCUAGCUUUUACGAACUCUGGCUUUGACAAGAGAUUGUGAGUCGCAUUUAGGACAAAUCAUCUAAUCCCUACGUAGCGCAGUCUCAUGUCAAACACCAUUGUAUGUUUACGGCCAGCUAAUGGAAGCAUUCUUGUCAGCUAAUGUUUCAAGAGGAUGGUGAUGCUUCCAUCAGUGGUCUAGUAGUAGUUGUCAUUUCGUAAGGACUGUAUUGAAUGUUGAUACAAUCAUGGAAUGUAUUUAUCUCGAACGUCAGGAGUGGUUAUAUAUUAAUAAAUAUCAUAAAAUACAGUAA